GGAGGGAUUGGCAGAGAGGAGUGGAGGACACUUGAGUGGAGGCAGUGGAGGGAUUGGCAGAGAGGGGAUGGAGGACACUGAGUGGAGGUCAGUGGGAGGGAUUGGCAGAGAUGAGAUGGAACGGUCACUGAGUGGAGGUCAGUGGAGGAAUUGGCUGAGAGAGGGGUGGAGGACAAUGAGUGAGGUCAGUGGAGGGAUUGGCAGAGAGGGGUGGAGGACACUGAGUGGAGGUCAGUGGAGGGAGUUGGCAGAGAGGGGGUGGGGAGGACACUGAGUGGUCGGUCAGUGGAGGGAUUGGCCGAGAGGGAUGAAGGACACUGAGUGGAGGGUCUGUGGA